UUGCGUGGACUUCUUCCUUCUCUCUGUUUGUUUCAUCAGCCACGAGUUUCCACUGGUCCACCUCUAGCUGCCGGUAGAAUUCACCCACAGAGUCCACAAAGAUGGGAGACCCUGUAACCGAGUAUCAGGCCCGACUGCAGGAACAGGAGAACGAGAUCAAGAGCCUCUCUGCAGAAAUUGAGAGUUUGAAGAACCCGCAAAACUUAAGUUCAACGCCACGUCUGGACGAGCUGCGGGAGGAAAACGCCAAACUCAAAUACCGCCUCAACAUCCUCAAAAAAAGCAUGCAGGAGGAGCGCACACUCUGCUCUAAAUCCAUGCUGAACAUCAACCAGCGGCUGCAGGAGGUUUUUGGCGAGGCCAUCCGGGCAUCCUGCCCUGAGCUGGACAACCCUCCGCUGGCCGUCACACCCAACCAGCAGGCCAAGUUCGGAGACUACCAGUGCAACAGCGCCAUGGCCAUGGCCCAGAUGCUGAAGGCGAAAGGAGUCAAAGUAAACCCGAGAGAAAUCGCGGAGAAGAUCAUCCAGAACCUUCCAGACAACGAACUCAUCCAGAAAACUGAGAUCGCAGGACCAGGCUUCAUCAACAUCCACCUGAAGAGGACGUUUGUGUCUCAGCUGUUGAGUAACCUGCUGGUCAACGGUGUGGUGCCCCCCCCUCUGGCCUCCAGGAAGAAGGUGGUGGUGGAUUUCUCAUCUCCAAACAUCGCCAAAGAGAUGCACGUGGGUCACCUGCGCUCCACCAUCAUCGGGGAAAGCAUGUGUCGCCUGUUUGAGUUUCUGGGCUACGACGUCCUCAGGUUGAACCAUGUGGGAGACUGGGGGACUCAGUUCGGGAUGCUCAUCGCCCACCUGCAGGACCAGUUCCCAGACUACCUGACCGUGUCCCCGCCCAUCGGCGACCUGCAGGCCUUCUACAAAGAGUCAAAGAAGCGGUUCGACUCGGAGGAGGACUUUAAGAAGCGAGCGUACCAGUGCGUCGUCAGGCUCCAGAGCAAAGAGCCAGACUUCAUCAAAGCCUGGAAACUCAUCUGCGACGUCUCCAGAAACGAGUUCCAGAAGGUUUACGACUGCCUGGACGUCAGCAUCAUCGAGAGAGGAGAGUCGUUCUACCAGGACCUGAUGACAGAGGUGGUGAAAAAGUUUGAGGAGAAAGGCUUUGUACAGCUGGACGAAGGCCGGAAGCUGGUCUUCGUCCCGGGCCAGUCCAUCCCUCUCACUGUGGUCAAAUCGGACGGCGGUUACACCUACGAUACGUCGGAUCUGGCCGCUCUGCAUCACAGACUCUUUGAGGAGAAGGCGGACAUCAUCAUUUACGUCACAGACAGCGGACAGGGCACACACUUCCAGGUGGUGUUCGCUGCGGCUCAGAUGAUUGGUUGGUACGACCCUCAGGUGACCCGGGUGGAGCACGCCGGCUUCGGAGUGGUGCUGGGAGAGGACAAGAAGAAGUUUAAGACCCGAUCAGGAGACACGGUGAGGCUGAUGGACCUGCUGGAGGAAGGACUGAAGAGGUCCAUGGACAAACUGCAAGAGAAGGAGAGAGACAAGGUCCUGACUCCAGAUGAGCUGAUUAAAGCGCAGAGAUCCGUUGCUUUCGGCUGCAUCAAAUACGCCGACCUGUCCCACAACCGCAUCAAUGACUAUGUCUUCUCCUUCGACAAGAUGCUUGACGACCGAGGCAACACGGCGGCGUACCUGCUCUACGCCUUCACCCGCAUCAGGUCGAUCGCUCGUCUGGCGAACAUUGACGAGGCCACACUGAAGAAAGCAGCAGAGACCACUGAAGUCCUCCUGGACCACGAGAAGGAGUGGAAACUGGGAAAGUGCAUCCUGCGCUUCCCAGAGAUCCUUCAGAAGAUCCUGGACGACCUGCUGCUCCACACGCUGUGCGACUACCUGUACGAACUGGCCACCACCUUCACUGAGUUCUACGACAGCUGCUACUGCGUGGAGAAGGACCGACAAACGGGUGAGGUGGUCAAGGUGAACAUGUGGAGGAUGCUGCUCUGCGACGCCACGGCAACCGUCAUGGCCAAAGGCUUCGACAUCCUCGGCAUCAACCCCGUCCAGAGGAUGUGAUGUCACCAGACGUGGAGAUAAGAGUUCAUAUUACAAAUCCAAACUGUGGACGCUCACAGGACUGUAAAGGUUCACAUCCAUACGUUUAUCAUGACAUCCAUCAAAUGAAGGAUGUUUUUUAUUAAAGAUCCAAAUGAAAAUAUCA